AUGCCAGUUUCAGGUACUGGCUUCUCGUUGGGGUCUGCUCCGGCAGACGGUGGGGCGAAUGCGGGAGCAGACCCCCAGCGUGGGGCUCCUUGUGGUCUUGGGGUAUCCCUUGCAAGGCACGUAAAGCGGAAGCUCGCGGGUCUUCUAGAUGGCUGGCGCCGCGCAAAGAGUUUUCGACUGUUUCUCGAACCGGUUGAUGUCGAGCAGAUGGAGUGUCCUACAUACUACGAUAUCAUAAAAUAUCCAAUGGACCUGCGCACUAUGGAGGCAAAACUUGAGAGAGACGAAUACAGAAGCGAGGAGGCUUUCAUCUCUGACCUGCUGCUAAUCUUCCGCAACUGCCGCACAUUCAACGAUGGGUCAACACCAGCUGGGCAGUUUGUACUGCGUUUGUGCGCUGAGGCGGAGACACGGAGCCUUGAGGACCUCAAGAAGGCGUACAAGGAUUCGAAGCUGUGGGCGGCACUUGAGCAGCAGUUUUCGCACGGAAAGCAGAAGGCGGGGCCUCGGAACAAAAGUGGGGGAUCAUCGAAGCGCGCUGCUUCUGGGAUAUCGUCGGUACCCGAUGUUUCGCUACCAGCAACGGGAGUUCUUGCCGCUGCAGCGGCGGCUCCGAAUUGCUCAGGUGCUGCUGACUUCCAACACCAGCAGCUGAGCUCUGAGGGAGCGGGUGGCGACGUUGCGGGGGCUUCUCCAGCGGUUCCGUAUGUAGGUGGACUCGCGUACAUGAGAAAUUCGACUGCACCGCAGGACGGUACUUCAGCUGCAGAGGGCACUUUGUCAAAAGGGGUCGAGGGAUUCUGUGUUGCUCCUGAGAAGGCUUCAGAGGCCCCAGCUGCUUCUGUUCUUUCGGGUAUCUCUCCUUCCAGAGAGCUGCUUACCCCUGCAGCGUCAGGGGCUCACAUUGGUGCUGCGCAUGCGUGGCCCGGAGAUGUGGGGGGUCUGACAGGGCAAGGGACUAUAGAUGCGGACAACUCUUCGACGGGGAAAAGCUGGUACAUCUACUGCAGAGACAAUAUCCUGAGGCCCCUAAAGGGAGAUCGUUACGCUUAUCUCUUCCUCACUCCAGUUUUGGACAGCCCCGAGCUUCCUGACGCGGUCAAGACCUCGUAUAAAUCUGUCAUUGCUAGGCCAAUGGACUACGGCACCAUCUGGACCAAACUGACUACCCGAGACUAUCGCCAUCCGGUGGAAUUUUUUGAAGACAUGUUCCUGGUGUACUCAAAUUGCAUGGCCUUCAAUCCCCCGAACGACCAGCAGUGUGGUUGGUUGCAUCGUGUGGCGGAGAAGAGCCGGGAUAAGUUCAUGGAGAGAUGGCGCCGAUGGGUCGUCCGUAUUUGGCGCGCCUUUGCUCAGCACAACGCAGCAGGGGCAGCAGCGGCGCCGCCUGUGCUACAGCAUGCAGAGGCAGCAGCAGCCGCAGCAGCAGUAGAAGCAGAGCCAUCCAUCGCUGCAGCAUUGUCAGCUGCCAGGGCUGAACUUCUGGAGAGGCGAAACCACCAAUCAACAGCACUCUCUCCACCAAAUCCACAAGAACUGCAACAUCCUAACCUGCAUCACCCACAACUGCAACACCACAAGAUGCAACACCAGCAACGAGGCUCGGAUGAGCCACAUGACGCUGCAGCAAUGGCAGCAAAUGCAGCCACCGCCGCGAAGGAUCCGAAAGCACUUGUCGUUGACCUUCUGGGUGAGGAUGCGCUAGAAGAUGCAAGCAAUAGCUCUGUGGACAGGGGAGCAACUCAAGAAACACUGCAGCAACAGCUGCAACAGCUGCAACAGCAGCAGCAGCUUCUGCAGCACGAGCAUUUGCAGCUGCAGCAGCAGCAACGCGAGAUGCAGGAAAAAGAGCAGACGAUGACGCGCGCAUCUGGAGCAGGAGAUGGGUCUCUUCACUCUGACGGCCCUGGCAGUGUUGGGCUCAGUGGCUCCACCAACUUGCACCAGCAGCAGGCAAAUGAUAUGACGGGGGUUGUUCCUGAAACUUCUGUUUAUCAUGCGGCUGGUGAUGUUGCUUUUCGGGGAGAGCUCGCAAUCCAGCACAGUCACGUGAAGCAACUGGGUGGAGACGCAGGCCUGCCCACAGCAGACGCUGCAGCCGCAGCCACAGACAGCAAAAAACACAAGAGUAAGAAGCACAAGCAUCAAAAAUAUUCACACCGAGGCAACCCUCAGCUGCAACAGCAGCAGAAGAUUGCGGAGCUGCAGCAUGAAGUUUCUGACGCCUACCAGUUUCCUGGCUCCGCUGAGCUGACAGCCAUUCAGUCGGCUGAUCCUCCCGCUAUUCAGGCGAAGCUCACGACGGUAGCAGUGGUGGGAGAAACCGCGGCAGGCGCAAGCUCUGCGACAACUCUAGGUGGGACUCGAGGCAUAGAUGCUUCGUCGGUCGCGCUGAACAGUGCUGAGACCCCGCCUGGGCCGUCGGUAGCAUCCGCUAUUUCAGUAAAUGCUUCCUCCCUGUAUUCCGAAAUUACAGCCCAACAAAUAGCAGAAGCUGCACCAGCGGGAGAUAAUGCAGCGGUUUCAACAGGGGAUACUGCGGGUGGCUCUCUUCUGCCCGUCCGCUCACUGGGAGACUCGCCUAGACUUUCUGACAUCAUUGAAGCCCCACCAGCAGAGAUUUUAGAGGCAAUGGGCAUGAAGGAUAUGUCAGCUGCUCCGCCUUGUGCCGCUGCUGCUGCCCCUGCUCCUGUUUCUGCUCCUCCUGCGAUUUCUGUUGCUGCUCCUUUGGCUGCUGAUGAUGUAACCCAUGGGGCGCUUCCUCCGUCGGCCGCUCCUGCUGCUCCUGUGCCUCUGGGGCCUUGGCUGACAGGAAUGGUAGUGCCGCAGUUGCCAACUAAUUCAGACGGCGCUACAGUCGCAGCAGGAACAAUAGCAUGUGCAGGAGGUGCUGCGGGUGUGAGUCCCCUGCUACUGCCGCCGCCACUGGAAGGGGUGGUAAGCAUGCACGACAUGCAAAACGGAGCAGCUUUGCACCAUCUUGAGCAGCAACAACAGCAACGAACCCGGGACGAUUUGCUUCCAGCAAAGCUUCGCAUAGUAGUAGAAUCAACACGCAAGAAGGUUCCUCCUCCCAAGCUCCUCUUGCUACCCUGGAGGGGCAGGGGCCAGGGGCCAGUACCUCAGGGAUAUACGCAUCGGCCGUCUAACUCCUACUCAGGUCUCUCAAGCGCCGCUGUUGCCACAGUACCGGCUGUGUCUACAGCAGCAGGGCCGACACGGGCGACAGAUUCAUCGGCUGCCAGCGUCAAGAGAGAAGCAACGCAAGGGGAAUCUGCAUCGACCGAUACAAAAGUUGUAUCAGCAGGAGCAGAGUUGUCUUGGCCAGCGGCGGCUAUUUUCUGCGAUACAGGCAGCAUUAGCAUGAAGCGGCGCCCGAAGCUGACACUGCGGCUCAGCAACUGUAGCAGAACUAGCAGGAAACGGCAAGCAUUGGGGAGCAAUGGUAUUCUAGCCAAGGCUUUUUUCAUGGAAGAAGGUGGCCAAAAGCCAGCGGAGACCCUUGAAGACGCUUCACCGGACAGCUUGGGAAAAGGUACAGCAACAGGCACAGCAAUGUUCGUCACUGCAGGACAUACGGGCGAGGAAGAAACGUCCGUGUGUAAGAUCGCAGGAACACAGGCAGAGGCGACCCUUGCUGUAGCAGAAUCAGCAGCAGCAGCAGCAGCAGCGGCUCAGGACAGCGCCGCAUGCGUGUUGCAAUUGAUGUGUCGCGUGGGGCAGCUGCCUGAAUGGCUGGAGGUGCACGAAGUCCUUACCGGACUGCAGGAUUGUGGCUUCGCACGCCAUACUCUAACCCGGUGCUGCAGAAACUGGGCUGCUGGCGAGAACAGGAGUAACAAUAGCAGGACCCACAGCUACUCGAAGACUGAGUUGUGGCUGCAGCAACAAACUGUCCGUAUCCAGCCCAUGGGACCCUUGACAGAAAUUUUAGGAGAUGCCGCAGGCCGCAGUUGCCCUGUCUCCGUAUCGGUGCUCCGUUUUGUCACACUCAGCAACUCUGCUGCUGCUGCCGUUAUUCCCAUACUGCUGCACCUGAGGCUUCAUGAAGCAGAUGCAGCAGCUGCAGUCCUAGCAACAAAGGGAGAAUAUCUUGUUGCACCAUGCAUCCAGCUAGCAGCAGCAGCGGCAGUAGCAGCAGGAGGUACAGGGGACCUGACAACACUUUCACCCACCCUUGGUACCGCUGCUUCGAAUGAUAGCGCGGAGUCAAAUUCGCGUUGCUGCUGCUCUGACAUUGACGGUUGGCAACAGAAAAGAGGGUCUUUGAUUAGUGGACGCCGUCUUUUUAGCUUGGAGCGCCAGAUCAUCAGGAGCCUUCCAAGGCGCCUUAUGGAGGAGCUGCAGCAGGAGAGGCAAAAGCAUGAGUUACAGACAAGGCUUCUCUCUGGUGAACGAUGGAGGCCGGGACUCAGGAGUUCCCUCGCACAUGCGCUGGGGACAAGAGUUGUGGAGCUGUUGCUGCGAGCGGCUGUAUCAGCGGAUAUACAGGCUAAUUUCAACCACAGCGUCAGCAACGGCACUCACAAGAGCGGCAGAAAUGAAUGCCUGUCUGAAGAGCUCAAGUUCAUUGAAGACCUUAAUCUGUGGGUAGCGGCCCUGCCCACUGAGCUGUUGAUUCCUCUGCAGCAGCAGCAUCAUCAGCGGCAGCGCAUGCUGCGGCUUCCUGCUUUCGAUGUUCUUUUCUUACACGCGGAGCCUUUGGGUCUCGUUACUCUUUCGAGGCCCCUUGCCACUGGCAGCUGCAGGGCUUCUCGAAUGGAAAGGGACGCCACUGCUGCUAGUGAUUCUGUGAAUAAGGUUGAUGUUGGACACUGCCACAGCACAGACGGGUCUCACCCAGGGUUGAAUCCCAGUGGGGGCAUACGGCGUCUUAAAGUACAAGCGCACCAGAAAACAGCAUGUUGGGACUUGCAUGUCGACAAAACGUGUAGAAAUCACGACAGUGACUGCUGUUGGUGCUGUUGCUUAAUGAAGGAUGCUGCAGUGCAGCGCAAUGCUACGCCAUUGCAAGUGGCGCUAUGCUUAGGGUGA